AUGGGACAACUGAACGAUAGAACUCAACAGUUAUUCUUUUCUCUACUUCCAUCUUUAACAAAUUUGAUUUCUUUAUCAAUUGAUUCUCUAUGUGGAAAAGAUAUAUUACCAUUUGAUUUACCAAAACUUCAAAAAUUAAUUUUUGGUUCAUGUGAAAAUAUAGAUUGGAUUAAAAACUUUUCUCGAAUUGAAACAAUCGAAUAUACAAUAAAUCAUUUUUGUGAAAAGAAAAAUAAAUUAAUAUGGCCAUUAAUAAUAAAGAAUCUAAAAAUUGUUUUUUUGGUUGAUACUGAUUAUUCAUUAAUAUUAGAUUCUCUUGUUCAUUUAUCUCAAUUAAUUACUCUUGAAAUUUAUGAAAUGCGAGUAGGAAAAGUACCGUUGAACGGUCAAAGAUGGGAAGAUCUCAUUCGUUCAUCAUUUCCAUUAUUAAAAACAUUUAAAUUUUAUUUUAUAUUUCGUUCAUUGACAUCACAAAAAUUGAAACGACUAGUAGCCUCAUAUUCAACACCAUUCUAUAUUAAAGAAAAGCAAUGGUUUGUUUAUUGUAAUAUCUUUGCUAAUUCUAAGAAUAAUCGAUAUGGAAAACUUAGCAUAUUUUACACAUUACCAUAUCCUAUGAAAACAUUGACAAUUUAUAAAAAUUCUUUUAAGAAAACCAUUUCAAAUUUAUCGAUUAAUAAUCAUUUGAAUAUCUAUACAAAUAUUAAAACGUUAAUAUUUGAAAAUUAUAUCAAACCGAAUCAUGACUUCAAUAAAACUAAAAUAAUCAAUUUAGUAAUUAAUACUCAAUUCGAAUCUAUUUAUUGGUUACAUGCAUUAACUAAAUUAGAGCAAUUACAUAUUGAUCAUUUUGGAUUUAUCUCUAUGGAACAAUUUCAAAUUCUAUUAGAUAAUACACCUUAUUUAUAUUCAUUAUCUUUGAGAAAAAGUCAAUUGAUAAAAUUGACAGAUAACUGGAAUGAUGUUCAUAUAUGUAAUCAUUUGUCACAAAAGAUUCGUGUUUUAAAAUUACAUUCAUAUAAAAAUCCACUAGAAUGUCUGAAUAGACAUGAACUUGAACGAAUACUGUCGAUUUUCGAAACCAAAUGUGAAUAUUUAUCAUUGGGUCUUCAAACCACAACUAAUACAAUCGAUUAUACUUUAUCACGAAUGUCUGCAUUGAAUUAUUUACAUAUAUUUGUUCGAGAAAAAUUUCGCUUACCAAUAACAAAAACACUAACAAUGGAAUGGUUAGAAAAACAACAAGCUCAAUUUAAUAAUUCAAAUUGCAUUAUCAUCAACAAUAUACAUGGAAAUUAUUUUUGGUUAUAA